CACGCGCCGAGGUUGUUAUAGGAAUCUCGCGCAGCGUCAUCUUGGGUUGGGUUGCGUUUGUUGAUCCAGCGGAGAAAAUCCUCGCUAGCUGAUCGACUAUCAGUCACGUACGAGUGGAAUGUGGACCUACGAGCAACGUAGCGGUCCGUAGCUUAAACGAGACGAUAUCGCGCACGACCGUUGCUUUUCUUUGGAUUAUCGUACAGCCACAGUGAAACGUUAACGUAGCGGACGCGAAUGGUUCCGUCUGUGGUGGUCUGCGGCUUUCCGUAAAGCGAUUCGCGUAAGAAACUUUACUUUAUUUAAAGGGUUCAUGUCGGGUUCAUUCCGCAACAGGUUUCUAUAAUAAACCAGCGAUACAAAGUUAUCGGACGAUAUUGGAUGAAACCGAUAUGAAAGAAGAGAACGAUGCGUAAAAAAAGAGGAUAACGUUAACUCACGUACGACUAAUCUGCAAACAAGUCAACAAGAAACACUUAUCGGGUGACCAGGGAAGGUCUUGGAUUUCAAAAUAAAGAAAUAACCAAAGGAAUACAUACCCAUAUCAUAUCUGGACGUAUAUUUCAAUAUGAUGCCGAUGUUCCUCACCGUAUACCUCAGCAACAGUGACCAGCACUUCACCGAGCUUCCCAUCACACCGGAGACACUGUGCAGAGAUGUGGUGGACAUGUGUAAAGAGCCGGGGGAGGUGGACUGCUAUUUGGCCGAAAUGUGGAGAGGUUCUGAGCGUGUGAUUGGUGACAGCGAGCGAAUUAUGGAGUUGCUGCAGCGCUGGGGUCAGCAGAGGGCGGAGGUGCGAUUCUUCCUGCGUCAUAACAGAGCACCCGGCCACGAUACAGGGGGUCACCAAGCUCCGGAGCCUCCUGUCAAAAGAAAUGUUGUGAAGGGAAAGAUGGACAGACACAUGGAGAAUGGAAUGGUACCUCCUCGUAUGGACAUCACCCUUAGUGAGCUACAAGAGAUGGCGGCAAGGCAACAGCAGCAGAUAAAUGCCCAACAACAGCUUCUGGCGUCAAAGGAGCAGCGACUGCGUUUCCUUAAACUUCAGGACCAGAGACAACAACAGCUGACAUCCGAACAGGAGAAACUACAGCUUCUGCGGGAAAAUGCGGAGAACCAGGAGGCCAAACUGCGCAGGGUUCGAGCUCUUAAAGGACAAGUGGAGCAGAAACGCAUCAGCAACAGUAAACUAGUGGAGGAGAUCGAGCAGAUGAACGGCCUGUUCCAGCAGAAACAGAGAGAGCUGGUGGUAGCCGUCAGCAGGGUGGAUGAGUUGAGUCGACAGCUUGAGAUGUUACGUGGCGGCAAAAUGGACGUCGCUCACGAAGCAGGGCCGAGCUCAACGGGUGAACUUGAGAGAAUGUACAAAGAACUUCAGCUGAGGAAUAAGUUGAACCAGGAGCAAAGUGCCAAACUCCAGCAGCAGAGAGAGAAUCUAAACAAGAGGAACCUGGAGAUGGCUGCCAUGGACAAAAGAGUAGCCGAACUGAGAGACCGGCUGUGGAAGAAGAAAGCUGCUCUCCAACAGAAAGAGAACUUGCCUCUGCCCACUGAAGGUCAGAUCACUCAGCCCACUGGCCCGUCUAGGGUUGCUGCUGUUGGGCCUUAUAUCCAAACCACCCCGGCUCCUCCAGUGCCACCCAGACAGGAGAUCCUGGUGAAACCCGCUUACCCUGACGUCACAGCUACUCUGCCCAAAACGCUCCCCAAACCAAACACAGGUGCUGGUAUCAUGACGGGUAAGAUCUCCAAGGUUUCAGACUUUUACUCCAGCUCAGAAACCAACAGCAGUGCCCAUGGCCACUCCUCCACCCUCCCUCGUAUGACCAGCCACACAUUUCAUGAGAAAGAUCCUGAGGCAGAUUUGAGACUGCAGCCUUUGCCCUUACGAAAGAACCAGAGCAGCGAGGACCUCUUGAGGGACGCACAGUCUGCCGACAAAACCUUUGGUAAGGUUCCUCCACCUGUUCCUAACAAGCCCAAACCCGCUCUACCAGGCCAGUCCACCUUCAGCAAACCUCCCUACAGCACAGGCACAUUCCCUGGCAAAACCAGGCCAGCCAAUCAGAAACCACCGAUGCCCCUUCCAUCCCAUAACCACACCUUACCCACACCACUCCCUCCCAAACCGGACACGUUACCCGCCGCGACGGUACGACCUUUCACGUCAGAGACCGGGAAAGAGACAUCCAACCCCACCACUCUCCACAAGCCCCAGACGGUAGCCGCUAGCUCAAUUUAUUCAAUGUACACGCAACAGAGCACUCUUGGGAAAGGUUACCAAGGGCAAAGCACGCUCACCCGAUCGCAACCUCGACUGUACGGUAAACCAGUCAUCCCAUCCAGCGGGGGGCAGCAGUCUCAUCCUCAGGACUGCAGUCAAAUCGAUGGUGAUCAGGUGGACCAGGGCAACGGCAUGGCCCCUACGGUCUCUUCCGGUGAGGGCCAAGAGGCCGAACGCGCUCCUCGUCCCCUCAGCCCAACCAAACUCCUCCCCUUCCUCUCAAAUUCCCAUCGGCUCCAGAGCGACGCCGAUUUGGAGGCCCUGCGUAAGAAACUGCACCACGCGCCCAGGCCCCUCAAAAAGCGCAGUUCUAUAACGGAACCCGAAGGUCCGAGCGGACCCAACAUCCAAAAGCUCCUUUACCAGAAGACCACACUGGCGGCCAUGGAGACCACCGCAAUCACCCCAUCUGGCUUCUUGCAGCCAGAGGCUGAGGAUGGUACCAGGCAUACAUUUGAAGAGGGCACCAGACCCCUGGAGGGACCCUGUGACACAACGAUACUGGAGAGUGAGGUAGAGGAUGAGGAACUGAACCCUCCGCCCCUUCCACCUCGAUCUCCCAUCCCGGAUGAUGGCGGCAUCUCUAACGCUGGACUGUUGCCUCCACCACCUCCAAAAGAAGAACAGGAAGUCUAUGGUCCUCCAGCACCAGAGCCCUAUAUUGAGGAGUACCCACCGUACCCUCCACCUCCUUAUCCCAACACAACAGAGCAAGAGGGAUCAGGGGAGGAAAGUGUCGAUAUGAAGGCUCCAGAAAUCACAGGACAGGUCACGCUUCCACCGGGCAAAAGGACAAAUCUGCGCAAGACAGGCUCGGAGCGCAUCAACCACGGGAUGCGUGUGCGCUUCAACCCGCUGGCCCUCCUGUUGGACUCCUCCCUGGAGGGCGAAUACGACCUGGUCCAAAGAAUCAUAUACGAGGUGGAUGACCCCAGUUUGCCCAAUGAUGAGGGCAUCACCGCUCUGCAUAAUGCAGUUUGCGCUGGACACACGGAAAUCGUGAAGUUCCUGGUGCAGUUUGGAGUGAACGUGAAUGCCGCAGAUAGCGAUGGAUGGACUCCCCUGCAUUGCGCCGCCUCUUGUAAUAAUGUGCAGGUCUGUAAGUUCUUGGUUGAAUCCGGAGCGGCCGUCUACGCCAUGACAUACAGCGACAUGCAGACGGCGGCCGAUAAAUGCGAGGAGAUGGAGGAAGGCUACGCCCAGUGUUCCCAGUUUCUCUAUGGUGUACAGGAGAAGAUGGGCAUUAUGAACAGGGGUGUCGUUUAUGCCUUGUGGGACUACGACGCUGAAAAUCCAGACGAGUUGUCCUUUAAAGAGGGAGACUGUCUGACAGUCCUACGAAGAGAAGACAAUGAAGAGACGGAGUGGUGGUGGGUAAGAUGCGGCGACAAUGAGGGCUAUAUACCACGUAACAUGCUCGGGCUGUACCCAAGAAUCAAACCUCGACAGAGGAGCCUUGCAUAAAAUCAUCAGGUCAUUUAGUCCUUCAUUUCAAUGAACGUCCCGGAGAGCCGAAGACGAAUGCAUUAUGAAAAACAUGAAGUUUCAUAGCAGAAUGUUUUACAUGUUUGUAAGGUUUAAACCUUUGUAGAAACGGUAGACUGAAGUUAGAUGCACAUUUACGCAUGUAUGUUUGAAGGUAAAGGAGAAUUUAUUUGAUGGUAAAUAUCCAUUGAAGAGUAUUAUGUCUCAUAUGAAGGAUUUCGGUCAUUUAGUGAUUUGCAAUUGUUUAUUUUUUAGAUUGAUUUAAACACUUAUUUGUGCAUAAACUUUUUUUUUUUGCAGAUUUUAUAUCAUAUUUUCUUAAUUUUAUUCAUAACGCCAUGUUACGUAAACCAGUUCUUACGGUGCUUGCUGCUACGCUACGACGGUGUGUUCUGUGAACAAUUAACAAUUUAUUCAAAUACCACUUUUCAUUUAUCGAAAUAAAAAACCUUGAGUCAAACUCUU